UACUCCAGCAGCCAUUCUGUCGCCUCCGUUCGUGCUGCAAGUGAGAACUGGAUGUGUCUACAUGCAUAUGUGUCGGAUGAAAUGCGUUGCGGUCUUUGUCUACUUUUCGAUCUCUCUGGUACGGCAAGCCGUCUACACCGAUGACACAAUCAAUUUAUCAGAAAUGGCCUCGGGAAAACUUACUUUUCGUCAGAUGGAGGGAAAUGAAACUUACUUACGGAGCACCUUGGAACUAGCUGCUGACAUACCGACAGAAGCUUCUUUCGAGCUUUUUGACCCACGACACGUGUUUCGCUAUGUGAAGUUCACGUAUACGUGGGACCUGGGGAACGGAGAAGUUAUAGUGGGAAAGGAGCCUUUUGUGCGAUACAAUUACAACUCUUCGGGAAACUACACUGUAAGACUGACCUUGGGUGCCUACUGGGCCAGACACACACGACUAACAGGAUUCUACUCCACAGACUUAAAAGUAUUGGAUGCCAUAAGGACUAUUGAGCUGAUGGGACCCUCAGAUUAUAAGGUCUCCCAAAGUACUAGCCUGUCCGUGUUUGUUGGUGGGAGUCCUCCUAUGUGGAUAUGUUGGUCAAUGGUGCCCAACUGCGUGGCUGUUUCUCCAGUGUCCUGCCACUGGGUGAAGUUGUAUGGAAACAUAUUUAACCUGAACUACACCUUCACAUCUGUGGGCAAAUACUGUCUGAACUUGACAGUCAGGAAUGACAUCAGCACGCUCCAGACCUCCUAUGACAUUAUAGCGUGGAGAGAUCCGACCAGUAACCUGCUCUUCAUCUUUCCUUGCGCCACACUUAUCUUGUCCACGUUUGCCCUCAUCAUUGCGACUGCAUGUCGUUCAAAACGUAAAGCCAAGAGGAACACGGUGGAGGUGGCAAACUUCAAUUUCUCCCCAGAGGCCCCAAAAAUGGAAACGAAGUAUAAGAGCUUGGGUCGCUCCCCAAAUUUUAAUUCCACCCCGUCUUCACAGAAGAAGAGCGAAAUUCAACCUUUGCUCAUUCACUCCAGGGAGUCCUCCUCGACCUGCUUUUCACAGCUGUAAUCCUCUCCGAGGUUCAAUCAGAGGCAGCAUUCGUCACGGUGCCAGUGAAUUUCAUAGUACUGUCACGAGGUCUGGAGCCAGUGAUAUUCUGUUGGAUUGUUGCUUCCAGCACUGCUGCUGUCAACACCAUGACCUCAUUAUGCAAGUUGAUCAAAUUAUCAGCUGAUAUACUCUGGUACUUACAGUAUGAACUCUAGAGGUACAGACUAACCGGUCAAUGGAAGUGGUCUGAAACUGUAAGUAAAAUACACCUUUUUAAUAUUCUUGCUAUCAUUAAUACAAAACAGUGAGUGUUAAACACUCUAAGUAUGAAUUGGAGUCACACUAAAUAUGAAUUACACAAAAUAAUUUGAUCAAAAUUAGACAAAGGAGCACUAUUGCUAAGGAGUGCUUUAGUAUGUGGGUAAAGUGUUAAAUGUAAAGAAGGGCCAGAACUAAAUCAAUCAGUUUGCAAAAGAAGCCAAAAUAUCACUAGAAAAGUAAAGUGUCAUUCAUAAAGCCAAAAAGAUAUGGUUCCAAUGAGAUCCAUUACUGCUACAGGAUGAGGGUAGGCUAUUUUGACAAAUCUGCAAGAGUAAUAUCGAUAAGUAAUAACCUACAGUAAUAACCAUUUCAAUCAAUAAAGGAUUAAAAAUAUUCUUGGUUUAUUAUGAUAUUGCUGAGUUCUAUACAAGCUCCAUUCUCAGUGCAUUUGUAUCUUUGAGGUUCUACUGUAAUAUCUUGUGAGAAUAAUUUUCUUUGGAAAUGGUGAUGGCAGUCUCUUGAAGCUAUAUAUAGAAGUUGAAAUUCUUUCUUGUGCCACGUGAUUUUGUUGGUUUAUGCUGAAAUAGUGGAAUGGUGUGGAAUUUGUAAAUUUUAUGAUUUGGUGCCUGUAAUUGCAAUGGGUGUUCUGUUCAGUAUAUAUACGAAAUAAUUUUACAGUUUGUACAACUGAAUAUUUUUGCUCUGUAUAAAAAGUGCUUUGAGGGGUAGAAUGGCUUGAAAGUUAUGUCUGACAUGAUUUUAAUGUAUAACAGUAACCGUGAACAUAAAAAGCAAGGAAGUUGAUUUCAUUCAAUUAUGCAAAAUGUCUGAAGCUGAAAAAAGGGGUGGGAAUCACCAGGGACCUCAAUAUUAUCCCAGUACUUUCGUCACAAUACGAUGUUAUUGUGAUACUUUGUGUUUUUGCAAUACACUCAAGUAUUGCAAUUUGAUAUUGUGAUAUAUUGCUAUUUUUUAUUCAUUUGUUUCUUGUUUGACUGCAGUAAAAAGUUGAAAUCAUGUAAUAUGCCAUAACCCAUUACACCCUAUAUAAAAAAUUUCUAUCAAAAUGUUUACAAAUUAACACAAUGAACACAUAGCAGCCUGUAAUAAAGUAAAAUAUUCAAGAACAUAUGAUCGCUUCAGCAGCUUGAAGUAGUUUAAAUAAAUCAAUGAUUGUGCAAUUAAAUUUCGGGAAAGCAAUGGAAAUAAACAAUGAAAAUGGCGUGUCAAACCAAUUGCAGCAUAAUGUCAGCAAUUCUAGACGAGCAAUAGUCGUAGACCAUCUUUAGGCUCAGACGGCAUGUAGGGAACAUGUAACAACACUCGCUUUAGGCUACGUUGAAUAUCUUGGUUACAUCAGCACUGAGAUAGCUUGCCAAUUUGGUGUAAAUAUGUGCCAUAAUUAUUCAAUUUGGCAAGUGUCCUCACAUAGGUGCUCAAUUGAAUGAAGAAUUCACUAUGGUUUCGCUAUAGCUGCAACAUACUGUGAGACCAUUUUAACCCAACAUAAAAUUGAAUUUUAAUCCUAAAUUAUGUCUGUGACAGCAAACCUAGCAUAACGCUAGCUUGCUGGUACUUGACUAAAACGAGAAAGACUGGAAUGAGUGUCUGCUGGCUAGAUAAUAUCUACGGUUUGAGCUGUUUGCUGGAAUCAUGAAGUAAUGCUCCCAUUGCAUUGUAAAAUAAUGUUUAUUACGGGAUGCCAAAGGUUGUUUUCCAGAUAAUAGCCUGACCCUCAUGUAUUUCCAGGCAAACGGCUAAUAACAUGUAAUUUUGAAUGCAAAAUGUCUAAUGAAAAUGAGUGAAUGCCUUGUAUUCAUUUUUUCACAAGUGACCUUGGUCUAGGCCUACACACGCCACAUUCCUCAAUAAGAUGUGCGGUUAUAUGAUUUUAAUGCACUGUUGGGGGGCGGUUCUCAGCCUUUUCUUGGCCUUUUUGCCAGCCACUGAACCAAAGGAAUAGACACUAUAACCGUAACUAAAUAAAAUGUAAUCAAGAGAUUAUCAGAUGGACUAUGCACCCAAAACACUGAGUUUUUUCAGUCCUUUCGAGGAGAGCAAGUAGACAAUACUAAUUCAAAUUAAAUACAGUAAUUGUGUGAAAGAACAGGGACAUGGAGCAAAUGAAUUGUUACAAAGCUUGUAAUCUGUUGUGAUAUUUUAUGAAGACAGAAUUCAUCAUUGGAUAUAUGCCAUGUACAGGUUUAUGUACAGGAGUGAACUUACCUGUGUGUACAGAAUUUGACUAAAAGAACUUUCUGGAAUCAGGCAGAAGUUGUGGUGGGCUGAGUGCAGUGAUGUGCAGGAUACAGAAACUGCAAUGAUGUACACUAUAAUCCUGCCUUUCCCUUCUAACACUUUACCCCAAUAGCCAACAUUAGCAAUAAUUAACAAUUGCCUGGUGUUUGGGAUGUGUGCACAGUGUCUGCAUAUUUAAGAAUCCCUUUGUAAUUACAAUGCUUAAUUGCCGGCUGCAGACAUUUUUAUUGUGCGGCUAAAAGGAAACAUUCAUCACCAGCGCUGUCCCAGAGCUCAGCUUCAGAUGUUGUUACCUUUUCUCCAUUAGGCUCAUAUCAGUAGAACACCCAUCCUCAACCAUCAGAUCAGGGACAACACAUACAGAACAGAGACUGACUGGUUGCUUAAUCAGUGGACAACUGAUAAUUUCUUUGCAGCGCAUCAUCUGGUGUGUUGCAAAAUAACUUGUUGGAUGGGUAUACAAACGAGAGGGUCAUUUGCCAUGUUCAAAAACUUUUAAACUGCUAUCAGCCAGCCACAGAGAUCUGUAGACAAAGGGUAGAGUGUAAGGCUACAUUUGGUUGCGCUCACUCACAGCAUACAGACAUGAAAUGAGUCCCAAGGCCUUCUGCCAAGUGUCCUCAAAUGAAGAGGCUGUUGUUCAGCCAGGAAAAUAAUCACUUUCUGUUGUUCACGUCCAAUAGCAAAAUCAAAAAUUACUUUUCAUUGUUAUGUAGAAAUUAAUUUGAGAGCCAGAGACCUAACAAAGAUGCCAUUGGAUGGAUUGCUGACUUCAUAGUGCCUUUUGCCAUUCAGAAUGACCCUCGUCUCAGUCUCCUUAUAUAAAAUGUAUUUAAAGCAACAGGUCUUAACAGGUAUUAAUGAUGGGGUUGUCUGGUUUUCAGCCCUAUUCAUGGCCACAAAGGGCAUGACCUGGGAUUAGCCAUCUCUGGUUAUUGGUCAGUAUGAUAAAAUUUAAAAUACAUUCAAACCAUUAUUGCAGGCAGCUGCUUAUAGGUGCUUUAAGUCCAGAUAUAAAUGGGAAAACAGUGGGAGGUCACAGACCAGAUUGUGGUAGAUAGUGCUCAGCAAUAUACUGGGGCUGAGAAGCAGAAGGCUUUCUCUCUCCCUCUCUGUCCCUCUCCUUUUCUCUCUCCCUCUCCUGCCCCCAUUUCUCUCUCUCUCUCUCACACACACACACACAAUCUCUCUGAAAAAGACAGUUAAUUUAUAUAUAGAAAUAACUCAAGUGAUGCAUGCUUUACUAAUUGUCUGUGGAGCCAGUAAAUGAAUUCUGCAGCCUUGCUGUGGUAUUGUAUUGUGCUCAGCUCUGUGGUGUCAGAUUCCCGCAUCAGCCGUCACACGAUUCAAAGGCCUGUCUGCUCCUGUCUUACUGCCGAUCUCUCUCAACCCCGAUACCAUCCUCAGUGCCUGGGCUGCCCUUUGUUCCUCCUCUCACAGCAAUAACCCAGACUCUUCCCAGCUCUGUCAAAACUGCCAUCGUAAUCUCCAGAGAGAUAACUCGCUCAAAGAGAUUAGAUCAAAGCACUUAAGAAGAGGCGGGAGUAGACGGAGGACAAGCUGCAGAAAGGGGGAUAUUUGGUUUAUGGAUACAGAGCUCCUAAUACUAAUGUGUCUGAACUGUUGAAAAGCCUUUGAAAAUCUUGAAUGUGUGGCAACUGAGUUCCGCCCAUUUUGGAGAUUGCAACCCUGUAGU